UAUCCCGCAGUCAACGACCUUUCCCACGACCUGAACGUAUCAUACGGCUUAACCAAUCUCACUAUCACGGUCUACCUAAUAUUCAUAGGUCUGGCCCCUACAGUGGUAGGGCCUAUUUCAGAUGUAGCUGGUCAACGGCUGGCGUAUCUCAUCUCCUUCGCGGUAUACAUAAUAGCAAAUAUUAGUCUUUCUCUCUAG